AUGUCUUCUAUAAUCGAACAAAACUUUGAUGAGUGCCAUUGCACUGAAUGCAUUAAAAAUGAUGAUGGAUACACCUUAGUACCAAAGAGAUUUUCCCAUCGUUAUAGCAAGAAGGCAUCUUUAAAAGAUACCGUUAGAACUAUUGUAAUCCAUGAAUCUGGAUCUGUGGAAGUACAUUCAUGUCAGUCUGACUUACCCAUUUUGGAUAUCUCCCCUAUGUCAGUCGGCAAUGUUUCUGUUCACAGUAAGAUCAAUGGGGAUUUCAAUGAAAUUGACAAUGAUUAUGAGAGCAAUGAAAAUUACAGCAAUAUUUUUGAUAUUGAAGUUGAAGAGGUAAACAAUGAAUUAGAUAUGUUUUCAAACAGCAGUAUUCCUGAGAAUCAUGUACACAGAUUCAUCGCAGUAUUUACUGUGCUAUUUGCAUUUUGCUACGUGGUGACCAACAACUUACCUUGUAGUGAGUGGUUUAAAGCCGAAAACAUCAUCCUUGUAGGUCUUGCCCUUGGACCCAAAGAGCCCAAAACACACAAUUCAAACGUUCGAGUUCCCUGCUGGCGAGGGAUUCGGGCUGGAUUUAUGAUGGUUUCCUGCAACAUCCCAGCUGCGAGAAAGACCGGCGGGUUUACCGCACACAAUAGCACAUGUACAUGCUUUAAGUGCAACCGUCAUUUCACUUGCUUUGACACCACAAACAAGGUCAAUUUCUGUGGGGUUAAAGAGUCCGAGUGGUUUCACCGUAGCUGUGGGGAUAAUAGGCUGCAUGCUGAGGAGUGGAAGAGCAUAGUCACCCCUUCAGAAAAACAGUAUCUGAAAAUCGAAAACAGUGUUCGAUUGUCACCGUUGCACUGCCUUGGAUACUUUGAUUAA